AUGAUGAACUUUAUCUCAAUUUACCAUCCGAAAGUAUCUGGAGACCAGCUUCGUUGUUGAAGGAUUAUAUUUCAGUUCGUCAGUGUGCUAGCAGUCACUGUGUUGAAUCAGAGUUUCUCUUUACCAAUUUGCAUGGUUUAUCCCUAUUUUUCUUCGUUAAAUAUUGGUACAAGUUAAAAAUGAUCGCAGUAUCUUGUGGUUCUAUGGGUUUUUUGGAAUUCGUAAGAUUACUUGGGAUCUGCUGGAAUCUACUGUUACUUGGAUCUCCUUCUGGCUAGUUCACAUUUGCAGGUCUGAGAUUUGGGCACUGCUCUUCGAUGGAUGCCCACUUACCAGCCCUAUUCGGCUUCACAUCUUUGGCAAUGUGGGGAUUGCUCAUCUGGGUCUUUCACGCCCUCAAUACUUAGGUGUUUCGGGGAAGCCAAGGAUAGCUUGAAUAGGCUACUACAUCAUAGAGCGAAUUACUGGCAUUAUUGUCGAUUAUUGUUGUCAUCACUGUGUACAUCAUCCUAUCACAACUGCAAGAGGAAUCCGAUAUGUCAACUCAGUUGAUUGAUCGUGCAAUUCUGCAAAAGGCAAGACCUAGCGUGGCAGGAAGCCUGGGGUAAGACUAAGGCACGGCGCAGUGUGCUGAAAGUGCCCAUAAAACCGACUUGUUACAGCUGCACAAUUCUCAUUCUCAGGAUCAGGAGGGCUGCUUUUGAACCCUCUGAGGCUAAUGGAGUCAUAGCACAAAGUUCGCAGGGAUAUCUUUAGAUACACUCAGUGCGUCAUCAACUGCGAUUCCAUAAUCCGUAAAGUUUUCCUCUGCGUCAGUGCAACCUACUUCAGGAUCAAUGGCUCAGCAGCAGGCGACGCCGCCCAUACAGGCUCCUCUACAAAUCAAGGAUCUGAGACCAUCUGUUGCCACCAACAUUAACUUAACCUUUAUUGUUCUGGAAAAGGGGCCUCUCUCAAGGAUUGGUGAGAACGGGCCUUUAGUUUCAGUAGCUUUGGUGGCUGAUGCAACAGCAGCAGUACAUUUGCAGCUUUGGGGACCUGAGUGCGAUGCCUUUCAACCGGGCGAUAUAGUACGUAUUACAAAUGGAGUGUUCUCCUUUCACAAGACCAAUCUUGUGCUGCGGGCAGGGAAGAAAGGACAGUUGGAGAAAAUUGGUGAGUUUACCAUGGUCUUUUCAGAGAAUGUGAACAUGAGCAAGUUACAUUGGGUGGCUGAUCCUCUCAACCCCAAGCUAUGGAACCCGGUGGGCUUCAAUCCCCAUGCACCCCAAGGCAACCAGUAUCAUCACGGGCCACUUUUAGGUAAUUCACGUGGGCCUUUCCACCAGUAAAUUGUAUUCGAAGUCAGUAGUAAAAGUGGUGAUAAGGUUCGGAUCAAAACUCAUUAAGUCUGAUAUUCGGAGAUGUUAUUAUAAUUUGUUUUAGACUAGCUUGUGAGCAUUAAAGAAGAACCGUUGAAGAUUGAUCGUCAUGUUUUGAUGCAAGUGAACGUGCAGUUGUGUGCUGUUCAUGGUCGUCGAUGAGGUUUUAUUGUUUGCUAUCUUACCAGACAUGGAAAAGAUUGCGGAUCUCUGGGACCCUUGUAGUAGGUUCGUCUCACGUAUUUUAUGUUGGUAGAUUCCAUGUCUUGAAUACUGCAUAGACGUUCCUGUCAGAAUUACAUUUAUUUGUUUUGUAAGUAUGUAGUCACUGUACUGGUAAAACUGUUUUUUUAGUGGAAGCUGCAACUUUUAAGUCCUCAUUACACUUCGACAGUUCGGCCCAUAUUCUAGUGGUUGUAAUUAGAACGUGUUCAACAUCUGUAUAUAUUAUUUGUAAAUCGAGUAUCUGCCCUCUUUCAUUUACUCAAGCA